GCAUUACUUAGUUACAAAAGGGUAUAAAUAUUGCGACUAUCUUUAUUGCUUGCCAUCAAUUGUUUUUCAUAGAACAAAUUACGACGUUUUAGCUCCUAUCAUUUUUUUUCUUCUCAAAUUAUUCGAGUGCGGUCAAAAACAAAAUGACGAUUGUGCCACAAAUUGUGUGCAUUCUUUUGGGAAUCAUUUUUGAAUUAUUGUGCACAUCUGAAGCAUUGCAUAUUGCAGUUGUUGGAGCUGGUGCAUCGGGCAUAUCUAGUGCAAAGAAUGCCAUUGAUCUAGGACACACUGUAGAAAUCUUUGAAAAGAGCGAUGCACUCGGUGGAGCAUGGUAUUACAAAGACGAAGUUGGAAAAGAUAAAUAUAAUGUUGAUAUCCACAGUCCGUUGUACGAAAGUUACAGAACGAAUAUGCCGUUUCAAGUAUUGCAAUUUCCAGAUAAUUACUAUCCAGAAAAUACACCAUCGUAUCCAUCACAUAAGAUUGUAUGGAACUAUCUAAAUAGAUAUGCUGAAAAGUACAAUAUAACGAACCGCAUAAAGUAUCUUACAUUGGUUGAGAAAGUACUUUCACUGGAAAAUAACCAGUGGGAAAUAACUGUUAGACACUUGGAAACCAAUAGCACUGUAACUAGCACAUUUGAUUCGGUAUUUGUGUGUACUGGUGUUUGUUCUUCGCCUUUCAUUCCGAAAUUAAAAGGUGCUGAAAAAUAUAAGGGACAAGUAAUACACAGCCGUGAUUAUCGUAAACCAGACACUUUUCAAAAAGAAAACGUUCUGGUGAUCGGAAUAGAUCCAAGUGGACAUGAUAUAGUGAAAGACCUUCGCCGUACUGGUACUAAAAUAACACGUAGUUACAUGGAAUUUUCAACUGUCACUCAAAAUUCUCAAGUGAAAAAGAUAAUCGGUAAAGCACAGGGAAUGCUCACCAACUGUUUCGCCGUAACGGAAGAAUAUAAACGCCAGAAUAACAUUAGCUCGUUAAUUGGCAAUGUAAAACGUUUCACAGGACCACACGAAGUUGAAUUUGAAAAUGGAAAACGUAUAAAUUUCACAGUAAUCAUUUAUGCAACAGGCUAUAAACAUUCGUAUCCAUUUUUGGACGCAAGUACUGGAAUUCAAGUUAAAAACAACCACGUGGAACCAUUAUAUAAGAAUGUAUUGAACAUUGAGCACCACACGAUGGCUUUUAUUGGCAUAACAAAUUGGGAGCUACAUUUUCGAAUGUAUGAUUUGCAGGCUCGGUUUGCAUUGGCAUUCAUAUCUGGGAUCAGAGAACUUCCACCAAAACCGGACAUGAUGAAAGCUAUGCCAACCUAUCCAUAUCAAAUUCGUACAAUGAAAGAUUGCAAAGCACGAAAAGCAUUUUCGAGUCAUCAAGAUUAUUAUUUUGACCUUUCACAAACUGCGCACGUUCCAAAUGUGAGAGUAGUCUAUUCAGAACUCUACGCAAAUGCAUUAAAACACUUGAAUGAACCAGGAUUUCGUAAUUAUAAAUACGUAGUGAAUGGUAAUACCUUUGACCGAGUUAAAGAAAAAUGAAAUAUGUUUGAUUAGGGAUAUCAAUGAAGCAACCUUUUAAUGACAAAAUAAAUGAAAGGAGAUAAAUUAUUUUCCACA